GCCGGAGAGCGCAUGUGUGUCGAAUGGGAAGUGUAAAUGUUCUGUGUUAGACAGCGUAGUUGUUAACGGUCGUUUCUGGGAAUGUGACGUGUCCUUCUUUGUGUUCAGGGCGUUUGUAAAGAUUGUGGGAGUCUGUGUGUGUGUGUGUGCGUGAGGCUUCAAAACACCGAGGAUGUCUAAUUCUACCGUUAAUUUCUACGCCCUGUCGCAGUCCUUCAGCAUCUCUGACAUUAUCGUCAUAGCAACCUACUUUCUUCUCAACCUCGCUGUCGGCAUCUGGUCGUCAUGCAGAGUGAGCAGAAACACACUGAGUGGAUAUUUCUUGGCCGGGCGGGACAUGGCCUGGUGGCCGAUCGGGUCGUCUCUCUUUGCCAGCUCGGAGGGAUCGGGCCUGUUCAUCGGUCUGGCUGGGACCGGAGCAGCCGGAGGCAUCGCAGUCGCUGGAUUCGAGUGGAAUGCCACCUAUGUGUUGCUGGCUCUGGCCUGGGUGUUUGUGCCUGUCUACAUCUCCUCAGGGAUUGUGACGAUGCCUGAAUACCUGGGACGCCGUUUUGGAGGAGAGAGGAUCCGGACCUACCUGGCCGUCCUCUCGUUGCUCUUGUCUGUCUUCACUAAGAUAUCAACCGACUUGUACUCUGGAGCCUUGUUUGUUCAGGUGUGUCUGGGAUGGAACCUCUACGUGUCCACUAUCCUCAUGCUGGUGGUCACGGCUCUCUACACCAUUGCAGGUGGUCUCGCCGCCGUCAUCUACACGGACACUCUUCAGACCUUCAUUAUGAUCAUAGGUGCUAUAAUCCUGACAAUUACAGCUUUCAAUAAGAUCGGUGGCUACGGAAACCUGGAGCGUGUGUACAGCAUAGCGGUGCCCAGUAAGAUUAUACCCAACAGUACCUGUCACCUGCCACGGCAGGACGCCAUGCACCUGUUCAGAGAUGCCGUAACCGGAGACCUGCCCUGGCCCGGCAUGACUCUGGGGCUCACCAUCCUGGCCACAUGGUACUGGUGCACCGACCAGGUUAUUGUGCAGCGAUCCCUGUCUGCCAAGAACAUGAGUCACGUGAAAGGAGCAUCCAUACUGGCCGCCUAUCUGAAGAUGCUGCCCUUCAUCUUUAUCAUCCUCCCCGGCAUGAUCAGCCGAGCCCUCUAUCCAGACACUGUGGGGUGUGUGGAUCCUGAGGAGUGUGUGCGUGUGUGUGGAGCCGAGGUGGGCUGCUCCAACAUCGCCUUUCCCAAGCUGGUCAUUGAACUCAUGCCGAGUGGCUUGCGGGGGCUGAUGAUAGCGGUGAUGAUGGCUGCCCUCAUGUCUUCGCUGACCUCCAUCUUUAACAGCAGCUCCACGCUCUUCACCAUGGACAUCUGGAAGAAGCACCGCCCGCGAGCCUCCGAGAGGGAGCUGCUGCUGGUCGGCAGGAUUGUGACUGUGAUCUUGGUGGUGGUGAGCGUGGUGUGGAUCCCCAUCCUCCAGUCGGCCAACAGCGGGCAGCUGUACGUUUACAUCCAGUCAGUGACGAGCUACCUCGCUCCCCCCGUCACUGCUGUCUUCAGCCUGGCCAUCUUCUGGAAGAGGACCAACGAGCAGGGGGCUUUCUGGGGCCUGAUGGUGGGUCUGGUGGUAGGUGUGUGUCGGAUGGUGUUGGAGUUUGCCUUCCCUCCUCCCAGAUGUGGCGUCGAGGACUCGGCCCCGAUGGUAUUGCGGGGUGUCCACUACCUCCAUUUUGCCAUUCUGCUUUGCGGACUCACUGCUAUUGUGGUAACUGUAGUAUCACUGCUGACACCACCGCCCAGCCAUGAACAGAUUUGUAACCUGACGUGGUGGACCAUAACCGAAGAGCCACAGAGAGAUAUUCCUCUACAAAAAGUGUCCUCUGUCAGCCACCGUAGCUCCCAGACGCCCGAGCCAACGCGGCGGAUGACGUGCGGUCAGGGGGCGAGACUGUGCAUCGCAGCAGUUCGCCGAUCAGAGGAGGCUCCAGCUCCCAGAGUCCCCAGUAUUCGAGAAAGCGCGUUCUGGUCCAGGUUCUGCUGUAUCAAUGCAAUCCUGCUGGUCAGCAUUAACAUUUUUCUCUAUGCAUACUUUGCCUGAGUGGAGGAUCAGAUUUCACAUCCCGCCUCAUCCUCCCCGCUGAACUCUAGUCUCUCCGACAUGAACUCCUGAGAUCCUCAAGGCGUUGUGUUAUUUCUCAAACUAAAUCGUGUAGAUGUAGCGUUGGAGCUUUUUAAAACCUCAAUGUGAAAACCACAGAUCACAUGCUUAACCUCCAGGGCUGCAAACUAACCCGUAGACUUACAUGCAUCUUGAUCCACAUCUGUUUCACGUUAGUGCAUAAUGACAGACAAUAAGAGCACACAAACACACAACAUCUAUGUGUAUAGCUUUUUGCAAGCAGACAUUACCCAAAGUGCUUUACAGGCAAAAUAAACAACAAAUAAUUGAAGAAUUAACGAAUAAAAUACAAUUCAUAAAAACAUAAAUUGGGCAAGAAACCCAAAACAAAAAGGGUAAUGUGUUUUUUUUAAAAAAACACUGAGAUUCAGUUUGGAGCUAAAAAGAAAAACCUCAGCAGCUGGAACAUAAAUUAUAAGGCAGUUGCCAGUAUUGAAAAGUGCUAGGUUAUGAAAGGCUUUAUAGACAAAAAUAAAAAAAUGAGUACGUGUCAAAAACCCUCCAGCGGAAGACAUUCGGUCUGAAAUCUAAAAAGAGAUGUGGUAAAUUAACCAGCCAAGUGACUUCUUUAAAAAAUAAAUAAAUAAAUAAAUCCUCACAUGAAAUGUCACUUUUUAAAUUAUACAAUCGAGUAUUUCACAGGAAUUUCAUUUGUGGUCAUGUUUAUCAUUUUUCCACUUUUACACCACAUGGGUUAUUGUUUUUCUUUUUAAGUUUAUGGGUUGUAACAAGUUACCAUGAAAAUGCAAAUGUUGGCUGACCUCUAAAAAAGGGCAUUACAAGUCAUCUUAACUUCAAAACUAAACAUAGUCUGUGGUUUGGCUUAGUUAUUUCUGUCUAGCGAUUAUACACUUACUGUUCAUUAUAUAGUUAUUAUUAUACAGUAUGUAAGUGUGCUGUGCCAGGUUGUAAUCACUGCUCUUGUGUUCUUUCAUGCUAUUUAACUUGUUUAUUAAUUGAAAAUAUGAAUUUUUCCUCCCCAAACUCUCAAAUUUUGUUUUAUUGUAAUGCAAAUUUAUAAUAGAUCACAGAUUUGUGUUUGAUAUUCAUUACAAGUUUACAAUUAAUCAAUUUUAGUUAGAAACUGGACAUUGAUUAAUCUCAUUGUUUAAUAUUUUGUUCAUUAUGAGUAAUUUUAUUAUUCCUCAGAGGACUGAUUGUUAAAUGUAAAGAAUCUCAGUCAAAAAAGGGAAAGCCUGGACAACGUGUCCAUCGAAUGUUUUUUUUUUUCCUCUCUCUUGAGAUAUUUAAAAUAAACUGAAACAUUUGUGCAUC